AUGAAUGAAAUGAAAUAUGAAGCAACAUGCACAUUUCACCCCAUUCCAAAUCGUCAAUUACUGUCUGAAAUUGCAUGUCUUAAUAAACCUUUAGGUGUAGAAUUAAAGUUUUGGAAAAAGUUACCAUUAAUUGAAUUAAAAAUUGAUGGUUUACAAUUUAGUCAUUUAGUUAAUAAUGAUCUAACUCAAUUAAAACAUUUAAAACUUUAUUCUUGUCCUUCUUCAUUACAUGCAAGUACAUUACAACCAGGUGCUUUGAUAUCUUUGAAUAAAAGAUGUCCAACUUUAAAAACACUUGCAAUUCAGGUACCAUUUCAUUUAAUAAACAAACAUUAUCAUGGAUGUAAAAUAACUAAACAAUGUUUUAAUGGAGAUAAUCUUUCAAAAAAUAUUUCCAAAGAAUGGAAUGAAUUGAUAGUCACACUUUCUAAUAAUACAUCAAUUGUGAAUCUAACCAUUUCAAAUUUUCCAUGCGAAUAUUUUCUAGACCCAAUAAAAUGUUAUCAAUAUUCAAAUUUAGAAUUUAAUGAAAAUACAAUCAAAUAUGAUAAAAAUAAUUUAAAUAUAUAA